AUGCUCGUCACAGCGAUGUUACUGGUGAUACUCAUACUGUUAUUGCUAUAUUUAAACUGUCAAAAACCGAAAGGAUACCCACCAGGUCCAAGAUGGUGGCCCAUUCUGGGCUGUGCGUUGGAAAUAGCACGUAUCCGUCAAGAGACCGGAUAUCUCUUCAAGACUUGUUCGACGCUUUGCAAAAAAUACGGUCCUGUGGUGGGCCUGAAGAUCGGCCAGGACCGCAUCGUCAUUGUGAAUGAUAUAGAGAGCAUACGAGCAAUGUUGACCAACAAGGAUUGUGACGGCAGACCAAACGGACCAUUUUUUAAAGCCAGGACUUGGGGUGUCACGCUGGGUCUCCUCGUAGUAGAUGACAAACUAUGGGUGGAACAACGGCGUUUCGUCAUACGACAUUUAAGAGACUUUGGUUUUGGUCGUACCAGCAUGGUCACAAUAAUCGAGGAUGAGGCGUUAAAGCUGGUAGAACAUUUCAAAAAAAUGCUUAAAAACAAUUAUGAAACUGCUGAUGCACGAAAAAUUAAAACGAUAAAUAAUAACAAUAUUGGUCAGAUAUAUAAGCUGCAGAAAGAUCCGAAAAACAAACUGAACGAAUCGGAGAUAUAUGAUGAAUUUCAUGUACUCAAAAAUAAAAUCGCUAAUCGUAAACUUCGUACAGUGGCGGACUUGUACAUGAAGGCUGAAGAUUACGAGGAAGUCAGAAAAGUCUCCCAAACUACAGGAAUGAUCAUAUCGAUGCAUGACGCCUUUGGUGUGACUGUAUUAAACACACUUUGGAGGAUGAUGGCUGGUAGAAGGUACGAUCCUGGUGACAAGGAACUUACGCAUUUACAACAAAUCCUUACAAAGCUCUUGAAUGAAAUCGACAUGAUCGGCGCGCCUUUCAGUCAGUUUCCAUUAUUACGUUUUAUCGCUCCGGAAAUGUCUGGUUACAAAGCAUUUGUAGAAACACAUCAAGAACUUUGGGCAUUUUUAAAAGAUGAAUUGUAUAAUCAUAAAAACACAUUUUUAUCAAAUGCACCGCGAGAUUUGAUGGAUGUCUACCUGAAUGUGCUAAAUUCGAAAGAUUGUAGCGAUACAUUUUCUGAGUCCCAGUUAUUGGCAAUCUGUGUGGAUCUCUUCAUAGCAGGCUCUGAGACAACUUCGAAAGCACUUGGCUUCGGAUUUUUAAAUCUAAUAUUGAACCCGCAGAUUCAAAGGAAGGCACACGAAGAGAUAGAUAGAGUUACUGGCCGUAAAAGAUUUCCCACGUUGGAUGACAAACCAAAAAUGCCAUAUGUUGAAGCCAUCGUUCUGGAGUCCAUGAGAGUAUUCGUUGGCCGCACUUUGAGCGUACCACAUAGAGCAUUAAAAGAUACUUCUAUCGUCGGUCAUAAGAUACCAAAAGACACAAUGCUUGUUGUAAAUUUCAAUAGAAUACUCAUGGAUGAAUCCUGGGACGAUCCGGAGGAUUUUCGACCGGAGAGAUUCCUCGAUAAUAAUGGCAAUAUUAUUACGCCAGAAAAAUAUUUUCCUUUUGGCAUCGGCAGACACCGUUGCAUGGGAGAAACAUUAGCUAGAAGCAACAUUUUCAUCAUAACAGCCACGCUGCUACAGACAUUCAACUUCUCAGUGGUACCCGGUGAGCCACGACCAACCACGCAAGACUUUGUGGACGGUGUCACAGCUGGUCCUAAACCGUACAGAGCAUUAGUUUCUCUGAGAAUGUAAGCUAAACAUUUGACUGAAGCAUUAUUUCCAUAAUGAAUCUUGUCUCAA